GUCUAUGCCCGUACCGUGGAAGUCAUUCUUCACAUCAGCACCAUUCUAUGGUCUUAUCGCCGCUCAAUCCGGCUUCACAUGGGGCUUUUACACACUACUCACCCAAAUUCCCACCUACAUGGACUCGGUACUUAAGCUAAAUGUGACCUCGAAUGCAUUACUCUCCGCUUUACCAUACUUCGUAAUGUGGCUGCUAUGCUUGAUUUUCAGUCCCAUUUCUGAUAUGCUUAUUAAUCGCAAUGUUUUGAGUACAACAACAGCGCGUAAGCUAUUCAAUACCAUUGGCCAAUGGAUACCUAUGGCAUGCCUAAUUGCCAUGAGCUACAUGACGAGCGCAGAACGUAUAGAGGCUAUAACAUUGCUAACCGUUGGUGUAGGUUUCAAUGCAUCCGCUUUUUGUGGAUAUUUAGUGAAUCAUAUGGAUCUUUCACCGAAUUUCGCCGGCCCAAUGAUGUCCAUUACAAAUGGUGUGGCGAAUUUGUUGUCCGUAUUUGCACCGCUGGUUGUGGGCGCCAUCGUUGUAAAUGAGAAGGAACCCAGCGAGUGGCGCAUUGUCUUCUUCAUUACCGCCGGUGUUUAUUUGGUCUGUAACGCACUAUUUAUUAUAUUUGGUCAAGCUACCAUACAACCAUGGAAUGAGCCAAAUAUUAAGAGCAAUAUUGCAACAUCAGAAACAACAACAAUUGAUUCUUCAACACUUGGCCACACAGAUCUAAAUACUACAGAGGCUGCCGCCCCAAGUAAAUUCGAGUAGAUGUUUAUAAAACGUCGCUAAUAAGAACUGAUAGCAUUUAAGUAAUAAAAAUAACAAAAAUUAUGAAUUAAUAUUUAGGAUAUAGCGGUUAUGAAUAAAAAAUACGAAUUUAAAAAUUAGCCACAAGUAUUU